CAGAGGCUUUUUAUAGAUGGUAUUAACAAAAGAUGUAUUAGUAAUUGUAACUUUCGACAUUUAAAAGCAAUUAUAGCCUUUAUUUAUGUAUACAUAACUUUUAUCAAUUAUACUAAAACCCAAAUGAGAUCUGGGUACGGUCAUAAAUAAUUAUCACAACACGGGGAGGAAGCUUUGCGAAUCACUGACAGUCAAACCUUCUUGAUUCCAAGUCAACAUGAAAUCCGAGGACCAGCUGUCAAUCCUGUCACAGUUAUAUCAGAGACUCAAAAAGACUGAACCUACAGAAGGAGUGCUUUAUGGAUUACGUUCCACAGAUGGAACCAUUAUCGCUGUUGCCAUAUCUGCAAAAUCUCCUUCCACCAAACAUGACGUGGCUCUUCUGUUACCACCACCUAUCACACCCCUAGGAAAGUUUUUAGUUUGCAAGGGUGACUUUACAAAACCUGAAGUAGAGGAUGACGAAGUGGCCAUUGUUUGGGAUCAAAACGACUUGCACAUUUUUGUCAAAGAUGGUGGUACUGUUCUCUCAGGCACAUAUUCUGUGCUCUCAGAAAGUGACUUUUAUGAUAAACAUUUCAUUGCCAGGGUACCUUAUGACUUAGAUCUCACAUCAAAGGAUUCAGUUUCUUCAAUAAAAAAUGUGAUUACAAAUUUUAAAGAAAUCUUGGCAUCCCCAGCAGCUUGUUUUAGGCUACAGAACACAACACUUUUACUACAGAAUAGUGAGGAUGGUGUUUUGAAUCUAGGGGGCUUCUUUAGUGAGUUAGAUGAAGGAAUUGAGGAAAUCUUGAAAGGGUCUGGAAAGAAGAGAUUGUAUCAAACAGCAAUAUUUAAGUUGAUGCUUAACAGAAGUGUUGGAAAUCAUAAUUAUGCCCCUGUGGUUCGAUUAGAUAACAGAAAGACAACAAUAUUAGCUACACAUUUAAAUGGAGAAGUUGUUAUGUACAUAGAAAAGUCAGUUCCUGUAUGUAAUGUGGCAAAACUUCUAGUUGAAGGAAUUGUUCAGCAAUUAAAUUUAGCAGAGUACUGGAUGAAUAGGCAGUUGCAAGAUAGUAAGCUUCAUGGGUCUCUAGCAUCAUAUAAUUCUUUGCACUACAUUACAGGACACUUAACAAAUAUAUUAUACCCAGAGACUUGUGAUGAAACAUUAUUGGAGUUGUAUAGAAAAGAGGUUCAUAAGUCCUUGUUAUUUCCACUUGACAGGCCAAUUGUGAGAAGGCUUAAUAAAAUACCUGCUUUACCAGAGAACAAACAUGCAGUUUUAACGAAUACUCAUAUCGGUGUUAAACCAUCUGGAGUUGAUGGUGAAGUUAGCAUUGUACUAGGAACUUAUGCUUAUCACCAUUAUAUGCAAGAUCGCUUUGAUGACAAUAAGUGGGGUUGUGCUUACAGGUCACUGCAGACUUUAAUAUCUUGGUUUAGAUAUCAAGGUUAUACUGAUAAACCUAUUCCAACUCAUAAGGAAAUCCAGAAAUGCCUUGUAAAUAUUGGUGAUAAACCAUCAUCCUUUAUAGGCUCAACUCAGUGGAUUGGUUCAACUGAAGUAGGAUUUGUCUUAGAAUCUAUGUUCAACAUCACCUCAAGAUUUAUUAAUGUCAGCAGUGGGGCUGAAUUAGUUUACAAAGGGAGAGAGCUAGCAAUGCAUUUUAAAUUGCAAGGUUCCCCUAUAAUGAUUGGUGGAGGUGUGCUUGCUCAUACCAUAAUUGGUGUAGAUUUCAACCCUGAAACUGGUGACAUAAGCUAUCUAAUCCUAGAUCCUCAUUAUACAGGAUCAGAGGACUUGAGCACCAUCCAAAGCAGAGGCUGGUGUGGCUGGAAAGGUCCAAAUUUUUGGAAGACUGAUGCUUACUACAACUUAUGUCUUCCCCAGCGACCUAUUUGCAUUUAAGUACAACUUAAUAUGUAUGUGUUUGGGGGUGCUAUAAUUGUUUUUACGGUUUGGAUGCAAAUCCAUUCACUGUGCUGCGUGUACAGUAAGGUUACAUUUUUUCCUGGAUAUAGAAUUCUUUAUCAUAUUACCACUCACUGACAUGCAAUAAAAAAUUCCUCAUUAUAGAAUUGAUUAACCUACAGAUAAUAACUGCAUCAAACUAUAUUUUAGAAUAAUUGAAGAGUGCUGCUAUAUAGUUAGUAUUUUUCUAGAUAAUAGUACAGUUCACUAUGGCUAAGGUUGCUGAAGGACAGGCUUUGCAUAGCAUUUCUGCAUAAUGUGGUGAAGUGCAUAAAAAAUGUUUUUCUAUAUUUUAUAAUUGUUUACAUUUAUAUUUUGUAUAUGUUGCAAAUUUAGAAAAAUUAUUGAAGAACUAUUGUACCAACAUUUGUUUGCUAUGUGUUUAAACACUCAAGUUUUGCAAUAAGGUCCUUUUUAAUUUUAGUAUUUAAAUAUGGUUGUAGAGCCUUUGUUCCAGUUCUGACAAAUAUAUUUUAUGGUAAUUCAA